UGCAGCUGGCGGUCACCAUGGCACUCGGUGCCCACAUAAGCUAGAGAGGCGAAUUAGUGCCAGGACAUGCCCAAACCGCACUCACCAUAGAGGGGCGAGCGCCCACAGCCCGGCCUGUCAGAGCCCGCUGACAGGAAGUCCAUGCUGCGUUAUUACAGCCAUUGCCAGCUCUACUGGCGCCACCGUGCGGUACCUGCGCUUGUUACACCUGUACCAGGUGACCUGGAGCGAAGAUAGCUAACGAGUCUAAUCGCUUCAAACACAAGGAAACAGCUCCAUCUAGUGGCAGGUUGUAAUAAUAAAAAGGGAUGAGAGACAUGUCUACCUUUGAAGUGCUUGGAUCUCACAGUAUGGUUUCUGAGGUGCGAUAUUCCGAAUCCACUUCACCUCUGUCCCAUGUACAGCUUGCAUGUACUCCCCAGUAUUGUGCUUUCCCAUUGAAUGGAAAUGAACUUUGCAUCUGGAACUCAGCUAGAGCUCAGGAACAGACGUUAAUUCUGAAAGGACACCAUCAACCGAUCACUGCUGUUGCACUGAAGAAUGAUGGGAGAGACAGUUUAGCGUGCUCUGCAUCUCAAGACUAUAUCAUAAUUUGGAAUGUACACGAAUGCACCAAAGCUUCACAUCAAGGACUGCUUCCCCGUGGCCAUGUCAUUGGAACGCUAUUAGGUACUGUUCAACAUUUGAGCUUGCAUCCUAAAAAACAACUGGUGGCGGCAUGUGCAAAUACCAGAGUAUUUAUUCUUAAUGCAGAGCGAGAAGAAAUACUUACAGAACUGGUAGUGCACUUGGGUCCAGUGACUGCAGCUGAAUUUUGGCUUGAUAACUUUCUUAUAUGUAUCUCUGAAGAUAGAACAUUUUCGGUAUGGAAUUAUUUCUCACAAAACUUAAUUUACCAAUCUGGAAUAAUAUCAGUGUUUCCUCUUCUGAAGAUGUACAUUGAUGAAGAAUACAAGCAGCUUAUUACCGGUUGUGCAGAUGGGAUGUUGAGAAUUUUUAGUUUGGCAGAGGAACAUCAUUUUCGAAGCAUUAGCCACAUAAACCUUAAAAAUGAGAAACACAAAUUUGUCGAGAAAUCUGCAAGGAAUGGAAAACCAGAUUUAAAAUCUUCUGCCAAAGACAGGAGUUCGGAAGAUGUAGUAGAUUCGGGUCUUCUAGUAUUACAUAUACAGAAAUGUGCACAACUAAAUCAAGAACAAGACGUGCCUCUCUUGGGAAACUCUGUAUUUCUUUGGGUGGGAAGUUCUACUGAUUUGCUGUUAGUAAAUAUAGCAAACAGUGAAGUUGAAGGCGUUUUACAUUUUGAAGACUAUCCCAACCUCAGCAUUCAGUUAGCUGGAUCAGUCUCUAUUUCUAGUAAAUCUGGAGAAAAUGAUAUUUGUUUAAUUGCAUCAAUGUUUGGAUGCAAAAUAUCGUUGCUGACAUUUGACACUCAAGCCUUCUUGCAACUUCAGAACCACGAACUGCAGAAUAUUGGACCAGGAACAAAUUUGUCCAUCGUUUCUAGUGAUCCUCUGUCAUUGACAUCUUGUUUACGAUGUGAACUUCCUAAGACGAAGGACAAACAAAAAGCAAAUGGGCCACAAACCAAAGUAAAGGACCAACCACUUGUUUUUCACAACAAGAUCAAGUCAUCUGGUUACACCACAGCACCAAGAAUGAAGAUGUUUUCUCCAAAAACAAAUAUAAAGACAAGUCAAGUUUCAAGAGUAAAGGAAGUAAUUUCAAGUGGAGCCAAAAAAGAGUAUCCACUUGAUGUCCAAGCACCCUGCACUCUUCAUAAACAGAUAACACUUUCCAACAAGCCAACAUCUGCCUGCAGCAUUCAGUACUCUGGAGAUGGAAUGAAACUUGCUUGUGGAUUAGCUGACAGAUCGUUAUUGGUGUUUAGUUCUACUUUCAUUGGGGAGCCAGCUGUUUUUACAGGCCAUGAUGCUGCAGUCAACGGAUUUGGCUGGAGUUAUGACAGAAAAUGGUUGGUUUCUACUGCUGAUGACAGAACAGUUAGGAUUUGGAAUGUGAAAAAUGCAGCCUCCGCUUUAGUUCUGCAAAAAGAAAUGUUCUCCAGGCCCGCUCGUUUUCCUCAGUUUUAUUACAUGGACAGAUUUAUUUUGUUGUCAUCUGGAGCUGAGAUUCAGUUAAUGAGAUAUAAGUUGGAUGACUGCAAGGAUGAAUUAAACAGGUCUGGAAAGUGCAGUACGGUGAAUGUGGAGGCUGCAGGGGAGAGAGAGAGAUAUAAACAAAAUAGUGUAUGCAAACCAGUUCAAACUCUUCGCAUGGACUCAGCAGUGGAAAUCACUGGACUGUCAGCUGUAAAUGACUUUUAUUCCUAUAUUGUGCUUGCUGCAGGAAGCAACCGCGAUGUAGAGAUUUUUGAUCUUAAUAUAGGCACCAGAAUAGCAACAAUUCCAGAUGUACAUCCAAGAGCAGCUCACCAAAUCUGUCAAAACAAGGGCUCUUCAUUUAGUACGCAACCAGCUGAAGCAUAUAAUCUUUUUGUCACCAUGGCCAUUGGUGAUUGCCUAAAAUUAUGGGAUAUAAGAACUUUAAGGUGUGUACGUCGCUUUGAAGGUCAUGUAAAUCGCUACCAAUCAUGUGGUGUUGCAGUGAGUCCUUGUGGGAGGUUUAUUGCUUGUGGAUCUGAAGAUACAUGUGCAUACAUUUAUGAAACACGUUCCAGCACAUACCUGCACAAGAUACCAGAACACUCAGAAUCUGUCAUCAAUGUAGCAUUCAAUCCAUCUUCUCCGCAGUACACUCACGGAACACAUUUCAAGAUAUACAAGUCUAUUGAGGGGGAGAACGGAGGGAAAGUGCCUCGGAGCACAUUAGCAAGGCAGAGAGAGAAAGAUUAUACAGACAGCUCUUUAGUUAACCACAUGUACUUUGGAUGGAAAGCUACAGACAUAUGUUCCUUGAAAUAAGUAAAAAUUGGCAACAGCAUAGCAUGUUCAGAAGGUGAAAGGGCAACUGUAACAUCUGUAUUACAAGUGUACAUAUGUAAUUGUAAAUAUGAAAUAAAGCAUGAACAUUUAAAACUAAGUAAGCAACUAUAUUGCAU